AUGUGCAUUAAAGCGUGUUUUGGGAGUCGAGUCGGAGUCGGCUCCAACCGCAGGGAGUCGGCUCCAACCGCAGGGAGUCGGCUCCAACCGCAGGGAGUCGGCUCCAACCGCAGGGAGUCGGCUCCAACCGCAGGGAGUCGGCUCCAACCGCAGGGAGUCGGCUCCAACCGCAGGGAGUCGGCUCCAACCGCAGGGAGUCGGCUCCAACCGCAGGGAGUCGGCUCCAACCGCAGGGAGUCGGCUCCAACCGCAGGGAGUCGGCUCCAACCGCAGGGAGUCGGCUCCAACCGCAGGGAGUCGGCUCCAACCGCAGGGAGUCGGCUCCAACCGCAGGGAGUCGGCUCCAACCGCAGGGAGUCGGCUCCAACCGCAGGGAGUCGGCUCCAACCGCAGGGAGUCGGCUACCUGGACACAGCCCUUGGCCAUGGGCUCCGGACACCCUG